ACAACCACGACAACUCCAUCCACAACAUCUCCAACAACGUCUCCAACAACUCCAACAACAUCACCAACUACCUACAUCGGCAACUUCUACUACAAUUCUGACAACUACAUCCACAACGUCUCCAACAACGUCUCCAACAACUCCACCAACAUCACCAACUACGUUGCCAACAACUCCUCCAACAACUACAUCACAACUCCAACAACUGCAACGUCUCCAACCACUACAUCAGCUGAAACAACAACAUCAUCAACUCCACCACCUACAGCAACAACGUCUCCAACAACUCCAACAACAACAUCGUCUCCAACAACCACGACAACUCCAUCCACAACAUCUCCAACAACGUCUCCAACAACUCCAACAACAUCACCAACUACGUUGCCAACAACUUCUCCAACAACUACAUCAGCUGAAACAACAACAUCAUCAACUCCACCACCUACAGCAACAACUUCUCCAACAACUACGACAACUACAACAACGUCUCCAACGACUACAUCAGCUGAAACAACAACAUCAUCAACUCCAACAACUACAUUAACAACGUCUCCAACAACUCCAACAACGACAUCAACGUCUCCAACAACUACGACAACUACAUCCACAACAUCUCCAACAACUACAUCAGCUGAAACAACAACAUCAUCAACUCCAACACCUACAGCAACAACUUCUCCUACAACUCCGACAACUACAACAACGUCUCCAACAACACCAACAACUACAUCAACAUCGUCAACUCCAACAGCUACAUCGGCAACUUCUACUACAAUUCUGACAACUACAUCCACAACGUCUCCAACAACGUCUCCAACAACUCCACCAACAUCACCAACUACGUUGCCAACAACUCCUCCAACAACUACAUCACUACAUCGCUACAUCGGCAACUUCUACUACAAUUCUGACAACUACAUCCACAACGUCUCCAACAACGUCUCCAACAACUCCACCAACAUCACCAACUACGUUGCCAACAACUCCUCCAACAACUACAUCAGCUGA